ACUUGAGCAUCACUGGACUAGUUUCCCUUUGUUCGUCAUAUAUAGACAUCCCAUAAACCAGAAUCACAUUGAACGAGCUUUGAACGUUCUUACAGUAAGCAUGACUGCAAGGGAUGAAGAUUCUACACAAGAAAGACGAGUAUCGUCCUUUCGUAUUGAUGAUAUCCUUGCCACACCGAAUCCUCCACGCGAACCUGAACCGCAACGUGCUGUUCCUUCUACAACUCAACCCGCACAGCUAAGCUUUGGAGUCGACCAGCUUCUUGCAAAUCGCGAUCAUGAGCGUCGAAGUCCUUUACAUUGCUAUGUUCCUUGUGAUUACUAUCAGUCCGCGUUCUGGAAUCCUCAUAUAUACACUGCGCAUGCGCUUUCAUCGCUACAGAGUGGAUGUGAAGCGUGUUAUAAUCACUCCUCGUCUUAUCCAUAUAUGGCAUCAGUAGGUUAUACAGGUCUGUACAAUUAUGAAAGAUCACCACUCAACAAAGCUCAUCUCACAAGCSCAGUCCUCCCCAGCCAACAUAAAGUGCGCAAACCACGGAGACCCUGGACUCGAGCAGUUUUUUCUAACCUGCAACGCAAAGGUCUAGAAAAAAGAUUUCAAGUUCAAAAGUACUUAACAAAAUCUGAUCGUCACCAACUUGCUUCAAUGCUUGGACUUAGUGAUAAUCAAGUCAAAGUCUGGUUCCAAAAUCGAAGAAUGAAAUGGCGACAGGACGCUCGAGAAAGUGUAGCGGAGAUAUCUGAUACUAAAAAUGAAAGCACUCUUGAAAGCCCGAAAUGACUCUCAUGUAUAUAACCACGUCUGCCUCGAGGGAUUUGUUGAUAGUACAAUUUUAACCUAUAUAUAUAGAAAAGGUUGAAUGAACAUAGUGUAGUUUGUAAAGUUGUACGCAWAAUCAUGUCAUAUGUACAGUUGUACAAAAUUGGCCAACAAAACUGUACAUUUUGCAACUCUAUGAAAUUUCACAGAAAAGGGAGCAAUCACUUCAGAGGAUCUUAUUUGUGAACACCCUUUUGAGCAUUUUUCUUUCCGUUUCUURUGUUUUUGCAUCGCGGUGUUCAUGACAGCCGCCAUGAACAAUUUAACUGUUUGUGAAAAAAAAAUCAUUUUAACUGGGAACUCGUAUAGGACAUUUAGCAAAAGCUUGAUUUUAACCGGGGAGAUUGGCCUAUCAGUGGUACAAACAUUSCUAACAUGCAGUGGCGGAUCCAGGAUUUUUCAAAGUGGGGGUUCCACUUUGUUUUCGCAUUUUCCUACCUAAAACCAACAUUUUUACUGUGCCUCUCGAACUGUAGCAAAUGUAACGCGAAUGUAGUUAUAGGUAGCGCAUCUCUUACAUUGUACAAAACGCUUACAGUUUUGUGUGGGUACAAUGCAGCCAUGUGGUAAAAGUGCAAUAUAAAGCUGCUUACCUAUUGUCGAAUGCGUUUUCAUUUCAUUUCAUUUAUCAGUGAUAGAUUUUUUAAUUUUUAUGCUCGAGAGGGUUCCUAGGAACCCAUGGAACCCCCCCUGGAUCCGCCACUGGCAUGGGUACAUGGAUGAAACUCUUAUUAUAAAUCCAAAUAUGGAUUACUGUAAAAUAAACUCCUUCUAAUAUUGAGCACCAAUGUAAAGAAAUUGAAUACUUAAAAGCUGAAAUGGGAAGAAAAUUUCAGGAAAGCCUUGAGCUGAAUUCUCGAAACGCACUCCUUAAAAGAAAGUAAAAUGUUUCAUUCAAG